AUGGAUGUAUGCAGGGCCUCAAGAAUGAAUCGCAUGCUCACGGACAACACCAGGGCUCUGAAUGUGCCCCCCAGUCUCGCUCCCCCUCAGGAGAGGACCAUUUUCGCCAAGGAGAGGAUAUCCAUUCCAGGGUACUAUGAGAUCAUCCAGUUUCUGGGCAAGGGCGCCUAUGGAACCGUGUGUUCUGUAAAGUUCAAGGGCCAGAAUCCACCCGCUAAGAUUGCAGUCAAGAAGAUCAGUAACAUCUUUAACAAGGAGAUUCUUUUAAAAAGGGCGAUUCGCGAGUUGAAAUUCAUGAAUUUUUUCAAAGGUCAUAAGAACAUCGUCAAUCUGAUCGACCUCGAGAUUGUCUCCAGCUCGCCCUACGAUGGACUGUACUGCUACCAGGAGCUGAUCGACUACGACCUCGCUAAAGUGAUUCACUCCUCCGUGCAGCUAUCGGAGUUCCACAUUAAAUAUUUUCUUUACCAGAUCUUGUGCGGGUUGAAGUACAUACACAGUGCAGACGUCAUCCAUCGGGACCUGAAGCCCGGAAACAUCCUGUGCACUUUGAAUGGGUGCCUGAAGAUCUGUGAUUUCGGUCUCGCUAGAGGUAUCCAUACCGAGUUUUUCCAAUGCCAAACAACAAAUUCCGCUGUGCAGCCCCAUAUAACCAACUACGUUGCUACGAGGUGGUACAGAGCACCUGAGCUGCUUUUGUCUAACCAACCGUACGACAAGUCCAUCGACAUCUGGGCCGUCGGCUGUAUCCUUGCGGAAUUUUAUGCCCGGAAACCUGUCUUCAUGGGACGAGAUUCCAUGCACCAGGUUUUCGAGAUCAUUAAAGUAUUGGGUACCCCCGAAAAGGACCUUCUAAUCAAGUUUGGCACCAUUAAAGCCUGGAAUCUUGGCAAAAACAGCAACAACCCUGUAUAUAAAAAAAUCCCAUGGUCUAAUAUGUUCCCCUUUGCGUCGCACGAAGCCAUAGACCUCAUCGAAUCGCUACUCCAUUGGGACUCCACGCACAGGCUGAACGUGGAACAAGCCAUAUCACAUCCGUUCCUAACUGAUGUACGGAAACCGGACGACGAACCAGUGUGUCUACAAGGCCCCUUCGACUUCACUUAUGAAUCCGAGUUGAGUUCCAUGUCCAAAUUAAGAGACCACCUGAUUAAGGAAGUCGAUGAUUUCAAAACCGAGCUAUUCUCAUCCCUGUAA